AUGGGACGCAUCAAGGUCUUCCCGACCCCCGACUACCAGGUCAAGCAGCCCAGAGACCCGAUCGUUCCCCGCGUGCCCUGCACAGGCAUGCUGCUGGGCCCCUCGAAAUCGGGCAAGACGGUGGCUCUCAUAUUAAGCAUGCUGCUCGACCAGUACCGCACGGCCAGCGGUGAGUCCGUCUGGGAAAGACUGUACAUCAUGUCGCCCUCGAUUCACCUUGACGACGCGUGGAAGCCCGUGAUCAAGUUUAUCGAGGAGGACAUGGGCGUGAACAUGGAGCGCGAGAAGGUGCUCUACGACACGUGGGACGAGGGAGCCAUCAGGGGCAUCAUCGAGCAACAACGCAAGAUCACGAAGAAGAGCAAAGAUUUGGGGCUGAAACGGCUGUACGGCGUGUGCAUAGUGGUCGACGACUUCAGCGACCAGCCCGAGCUCCACAAGAAAAACGGCGAGGGUGCGCUGGACACCCUCCUGUGCCGCGGUCGACACCUGCAGAUCAGCACGUUCAUCAGCUGCCAGAAGCUCCGUGUGGUCUCCAACUGCAUUCGCGUGAACUUGCAGUUCCUUUGCAUCUGGCGGCUCCGAAACGCUCUCGAGCUCCAGGCGGUCAUAGAAGAGCUGAGCGCGCUCCUGAGCAAGGAGGAGCUCCUGGCCAUGUACCACGAGGCGACCCGAGAGCCCUUCUCGUUCUGGUUCAUAUACCUCCUCAAGCCCAAAAGCGAGGCCUUCUUCAAGCGCUUCGAGGAAAGAAAGCUCAUGGUGUCUCUGUACGUGGACUCUCGGAUGCGUACACAGGGCACGGACUCCGACUUCUCCUUCGACAUCGGCGAGAGCGUGCACAUCCAGAGCGGGGCCAAGCUGGCCGUCUACAAGGUGCGCAUCGCCGACGCCUUCCUGAGCACCGACCGUGGGACGUUCCUGUACUGGACGGACACGGUCGCCGACACCCUGCACUACGCCGAGCUCCCCGUGGGCGCGUACACGGGCCCUCGGCUGGCCGCGUGGAUCUCCAGCAACUUCGCCGCGGCCACGUACACCGCGGAGACGAACGAGCUGGACGUUAGCUGGGAUGGCGUGCGCCUGAUCCUCAACGACGCCGAGCUCCGGCAGCACUUCCCGGGCACGGGCUCCUAUCCGCCGGGCGCCUCGCCCAGCAAGCCCCUGAGCAUCAACCACCUGCUCGGCCCCAGUUACAUCACGGGCUCCGUGCAGCGCUUCGUGUUCGUCCAGAUGAACGUGUACAGUGAAUUGUAUCUUAGGUGCCCGUCGCUGGCCAACGGCGAGACCACGGUGGGUCCGCUGGGUCACGACAUCCUCUGCAAGAUCGUCGUCUCCAAGGGCGUGGGCCACAUCAUGGAGACCGAGACCUCGGAGGGCCACUGGGUUCAGCUCCACGGGCCCAUCACGCUGCGCCACCUGCGCUUCAAGCUCACCGACUACCAAGGCAACGUGGUGAACACCAGGGGCACCAGCGUUUCCUUCCCUGCCGAGCCUGCCGCGCCCGAGCAACCCGAGCCAACCCCACUCCCCGCCCCAGCGGAGCCCGCGGCGGUGUUCCCGCUCCCGAGCCGCCGCAGCCGAAGCGCAGAGGCAGGCCGCCGGGCUCCAAGAACAAGCCCAAGCCCGCCCCGCCCACCGUGGCGGUACAACCGGUGGUGGCCGAGCCUCGCCAUCGGCCACGGCGGCGACCGCCGCGCAUGGCAUGCAUGCUGA